AUGACCCGAAGUUGCUCCGCUGUGGGUUGCAGCACCCGGGAUACCCUGCAGAGCCGCGAGCACGGCUACUCUUUCCAUCAAUUUCCAAGCGAUACCAUACUGCGCUCAAAAUGGAUCAAGGCUGUUAAUCGCAUGGAUCCCAGAAGCAAAAAGAUUUGGAUCCCAGGACCAUGUGCUAUACUAUGUUCCAAACAUUUUCUUGAAAGUGACUUUGAGUCAUAUGGCUUAAGAAGAAUGCUGAAAAAAGAAGCUGUGCCUUCUGUUUCUCUAUACAAGGAUCUUCAAGAUGUGCAACAAAACGGUAAAGCAAGACAGAAAAUCCCAAAAGAGCCUCUUCCUGAUGAUUCUGAAGAGGUUGCUACCGAGGACCAUAACUACAGUUUAAAGAGAUCUUUGACAGCAGAAGAGAACCUGGCUGAAGUGCAACAGAUGUUACCAUUGUCCAAAAAAAGACUUGUUCCUGCCAAAAACCACAGCAUGAUGAAGAAGAGAGAGGGUUUACAAUUAAUUGAUACACUGGUGGAAGAAAGACUACUUUCUGAAGAAACAGAGUGUCUGCUACGAGCACAAUUUUCAGAUUUUAAGUGGGAAUUGUACAACUGGAGUGAAACAUCUGAGUACUCUACAGAAAUGAAGCGAUUUGCGUGUACACUCUAUUUGUGCAGUAGCAAAGCCUAUGAUUAUGUAAGAAAGAUUCUUAAACUGCCUCAUUCUUCCAUCCUGAGAACAUGGUUAUCCAAAUGCAAACCCAGCCCAGGUUUCAACAGCAACGUUUUUUCUUUUCUUCAACAAAGAGUCGAUAACGGAGACCUGCUGUAUCGGUAUUGUUCACUGAUAAUAAAAGGUGUUUCUCUCAAGCAGCAGGUGCAGUGGGAUCCCAGCAGUCAACAUUUGCAAGGGUUUAUGGACUUCGGUCUCGGCACACUGGAUGCUGAUGAAAUGCCACUCGCCUCAGAAACUGUUUUGUUGAUGGCAGUGGGUAUUUGUGGUCAUUGGAAAACACCUCUUGGUUAUUUUUUUGUAAACAAAGCGUCUGGAUAUUUGCAAGCUCAGCUGCUUCGUCUUACUAUUGGCAAACUGAGCGACAUAGGGGUCACAGUUGUGGCUGUUACGUCUGAUGCUACAGCUCAGAGUGUUCAGAUGGCAAAAGCAUUGGGGAUACACAUUGAUGAAGACAACAUGAAGUACACAUUCCAGCAUCCUUCAUCUUCUAGUCAACAGAUUGCAUACUUCUUUGAUUCUUGCCACUUGCUUGGAUUAAUAAGAAAUGCAUUUCAGAGUUUUCAGAGCAUUCAGUUUAGUAAUGGCACAGCACAUUGGCAGCACCUGGUGGACUUAGUAGCACUAGAGGAGCAGGAAUUAUCAAGCAUGGAAAGAAUCCCAAGAAAACUUGCAAAUUUGAAAAACCAUGUACUAAAAGUGAAUUCAGCUGCCCAACUCUUCACCGAGAGUGUAGCCAGUGCGUUAGAAUGUUUGCUGUCGUUAAGCCUGCCACCUUUUCAAAAUUGUAUUGGUACCAUCCACUUUGUACGCUUAAUUAAUAAUCUCUUUGAAAUUUUUAAUAGUAGAAACUAUUAUGGAAAGGGACUUAAAGGACCUCUAAUGCUUGCAACUUUUAAUAAAAUUAAUCAAGUAUUAACUGAAGCCAAGACUAUUUUUGUUACUUUAUCUGAUACUAGCAAUAAUCAGAUAAUUAAAGGUAAGCGAAAACUAGGAUUCUUGGGAUUUUUGCUUAAUGCUGAGAGCUUAAAAUGGCUCUAUCAAAAUUAUGUUUUCCCAAAGGUAUGGCCUUUUCCAUAUCUUCUUACUUACAAAUUCAGCCAAGACCAUCUGGAAUUAUUUCUAAAGAUGCUUAGAAAAAUUCUAGCAACCAGUUCUAACCCUACCUGCAUGGCAUUCGAGAAAGCUUACCAUAAUUUGGAAACCAGAUACAGAUUACAAGGUGAAGUUUUUCUAAGUGACCUGAGCAUCCUCGACAUAUCAAUUGCUCGAAGGACAGACAUAAACCUGUGUACAGUUCAACGUCAUUAUGGCGUUAACAUUAUAAAGACUCCUUUUCACAAUGAGGAUAUUUGCCUAGAUUGGUCUAAUUGUUCACUAAGUGAGGCAUUACUAGACCUAUCGGAUUAUAGGCGAAAUCUCACCUAUUGUGCUGGUUAUGUUGCAGAUACAUUAUCAGCUCUUUUAACUUGUGAGGACUGUGUCAGUGCACUGUAUGCAUCGGAUCUCAAAGUCUCUAAAAUUGGGUCACUGCUGUGUGUUAAAAAGAAGAAUGGUUUGCAUAUCCCUUCAGAAAGUUUAUGUCGAGUCAUAAACAUUUGUGAGCAGGUUGUAAGAACCCAUUCAAAAAUGGCAAUUUAUGAACAACUUCCUAAGCAGAGGGAAUUAUGUCUUCAACAGGAAAUAUUAUGUGAGCUUUCUGGACAUAGUUAUCUUUUUGUAGAUUUAGAUGAGCAUCUCUUUGAUGGAGAAGUGUGUGCCACCAAUCACUUUGUAAAGUUACUAAAGGAUAUAAUAAUCUGCUUCUUAAAGUUGAGAGCUAAACAGAGGGAAUUAUAUCUGCUUCUUAAAGUUGAGAGCUAA